GGGAGCUUUCAUGCUCACCACUUUCCUGCGCAUUCUCUCAAGGGAGACAUUUACUGCAAUACUAGACACAUUUUCAGAUUUUUAUUUUUUUCAUUCAAUCCUCUCCUCUUUUUGUUUUAAAACAUCUCCUCUUUUGUUUCUAGCAAGUUACUGUCGUGAAUGUGGUCCAUCAUGGGAGAACAGAAGGGGAUAUUUUUGCUCAUACUUUUGCAAAUUUUCACAGGCAGUUCAGAAACAUAUUUCGUCUUUGAUUGUGGAGAAACAAAAUGUAGAUCAAGCACGGACUGCAUCGAGAUAGACGGGAUCUUCCAGUGUGCCGACCCCUGUGAACACUACACUGCACUGCAUGACGACUGGCGUUCAGUAAAUAACACAGUGGUGGAUGCUACACACAGUGAUAUGAAUAUUGACUGGCAGGGCUGGUAUCGCCUAUUUCUGGGACAAGCCAAUGCUCAACUUACACAGAGUUGCACCGGUGAAAACAGGUGCGGGGUCAGUUCUCCAAUGUGGGUAAAUUCUCGUCAUGGAAAUGUCUUAGGCAGAAUUGUAGGACGCCAAACGUGUACAGUCCAGGGUGGCAAUUGCUGUCACUCACUCGGAACCUCAACCUUGCUUAUCAAGUACUGCUAUGAACACUACUAUGUCUACAGACUUGUAAAGCCAACGUCACCUGGAAGUGCAUACUGUGCAGAGUUGCAGAAAUCGGAUCCUGGAGUUUCCACAACCUCAUCUCCCAGUUUGGUCAGUACGUCUUCAACGACAACAGCGGGCAGCAGCACAGUCCAACAGCCACCCCUUCAGUUUUCACAGCUUAUUUGUGGCCGUGAUAAAGUCCAAGUGGGAGUGGAUCAGGCCAGCAUGGCAUCCUCUGGUUUGGACCCAUUUUCUGGCAACCUUGCUGCUAUCAACUGCUCCUGGGUCAAAUCGAGUGGUGGCGUUGUUUGGUAUGAAGCGGAAACACGGGCUGGGUCCUGUGGAAACAUACUAAAGACAAACAGCACACAUGUCGUCUACUCCAACAGUUUAUUCAUCUACCCAGAAAACAAUGCAUCCUUUGCUUUACCUGUGAGUCUUCCCUUCUCAUGCGUUUAUCCCCUGGACACAGACAGCAGCUUGGAAGUGGUUAUCAGGCCAUCCCAGGAGUGGGAAAGUGGUAUUUCAGGCUCGGGUUCAAAAGCAAGAGCCAACAUGUCUCUGUUCCAAAACUCCAACUACGCCGAGACUUAUCCAGCAGGCCAGGUCAUUCUCCCAGUGGGCUCACCAUUGUAUGUUGGUGUUUCUGUGGAGGAGACAGACUCCAGCCUUGUAGUUGUUCUGGAGGAUUGCUUUGCCUCUCACUCAUCAAACCCUGAAGAUCCCAACAGCUACCCUCUCAUCCAGAACAAAUGUCCCACCAACCACCGGGAGGUGUCAUUGAUUGAAAGUGGCUCAUCACUCCGGGCUCGCUUCUCUGCCCUACUAUUCUUGCUUCAAGGUGAAAACAGAGAUAUAUAUCUUCACUGCAAUCUAAGUCUCUGUGACCAGAGGACCCACAACUGUGUACCAGUUUGCCGUAGAAGGAUGUCUCGCUCUGUUCCCAGCUCUGCCCCUGUGAAGAUGGUCACUGCUGGACCAAUCACUUAUGAGAGACAAGUCAACUAAGUGAGCUGCCAAUCCUACUAGGAAAAAUGGAUUCCAUUUCCACACAAGAAUGAUUAGCUGGCACAAGAUAAUACAAAUUGAUGUGAACCAUGCCUUGUAA